AUGGCUGACGACAAAGAACCCACCAAGGAGCAAGAGGCUGCUGCCGCUGCCAAAGAGAAAGAGGAACAAGCGGCUCUGCCAUACAAAUGGACCCAAACAAUCGGCGACCUGGAUGUCUCGGUCGAGAUACCUGGCAACCUGAAGGCGAGAGAUUUGAAUGUUGAGGUCAAGAAGAAGAAGUUGCUGCUCGCGAUCAAGGGCCAAGAUCCCAUCAUCAGUGGCGACCUUCCUCACGAAAUCUACGUCGACGAAUCAACAUGGACACUAGUCUCCUCUCUCUCUGGCACCAAGCUCCUCGAACUCCACCUUGACAAAGUCAAUAAGAUGCAGUGGUGGGAACACGUCAUAACCACCGCGCCCAAAAUAGAUGUCACCAAGAUACAGCCGGAGAAUAGCAAGUUGGGUGACCUGGAUGGCGAGACGAGGGGAAUGGUCGAGAAGAUGAUGUAUGAUCAACGGCAGAAGGAGGCGGGCUUGCCGACAAGUGACGAGGAGAAGAAGCAGGACAUGUUGAAGCAGUUCAUGAAAUCCCAUCCAGAAAUGGAUUUCUCGAAGGCGAAGAUAAAUUGA